AUGGUCGAAUACAAAGGCGCGUUGGAUGUGAUUAGUAAGACUCUCAGGUAAGUUGGAACUUGAUAUGAGAACUUAAAGUUUUCGAUACGUCACAGACUAGCUUUCCAUCUCUAGUUUCAAACCCUCUACAUUAAAUAGAGGUACAUGUUUUGCCCGUUUGAAACAAAUUGACAAAGAACUGGACCAAAAUUGGCGGAGAACUGAAACCAGCUUGUUUGAGUACUGGAUCCAAUUUUCGGAUUCACUUACGGCUUAGUGGUAAAGUCCACAUUUUCAUGAAAGAAGGUAUUCUUUUUCUGGCCUCUUCUUACGGCAGGUUCUUUUCAAAAUCUUAGGCAUGAAGGAGUAACAGGAUUUUACAAAGGAUUAAUUCCCAGUGUCCUCAGGUAAGGAAGAAUGUUAAAGAUAAAUUUGAUGAUGUAAGUAGAUUUGCUAGUUAGUUUUAUGUGUUAAACCGCAAUGAAUAAUCUAGAAUUGGCCAAGAGGGCUUAGUGGGCUCCCAUCUUUAAUUUUAGGUGGCGCUUCUUAAAGAAAAGGGUCUUAAGAGAUGGGGUGUACCCCCAUAAGGUGUUGAACUUAUUUGCACAUUCUAGUCUUUGAGAAACUGGGGAGAAGAGACUGGUGAUAGAUACAUUAAGAGGCUACAAAAUUCGGAGUAGGUGUCGUGUCAUUGUUUUCGUCAGUUACUUGUUCGAAUACUGUGAAAUAAUUAAGAUACUUAUCGUUAUCACAAGUAUUUGUGCGUUAGUGUAAGUUUUAGCGGUUUUCUGUUUUUUUUUUUCCAAAUUUCGGAAAUCUAGCAAAGAAGCGCUUUAGAAGAAACCCUGAAACCCUCUAAUCUAUGUAAGAACGUUCAUUGUUGAUUUUACUGUGUAUUGUGUGUUUGAUUGUUCUUGAUUUUGGUUCUUUUCAGAGUAACGCCAGCACGUGCACUCACAUUUGCGGUGUACGAAAACGUUAUUCACUUCCUUCUGCCGAACAGAUGA